UAUUUGGAUGGCACAUUUUAAGGUGAAAGGGAUUCCCACCACUGGGAAAAGUCCAAGAGUGUGUCCUGGAACAGAGUGAGGAGAGGAGGAGGGAAGAUAGCAGCAGUUUUUGCCCUCAUCUUAGCCUCUGCAGGCGUUUCUUCUGUGGAAGAAUGGGGGCAGGAGCACUAACCAUCUGUCACAACAAGACAGCGGUGCAGGUUAAAGAAGACAUGAAGAGGAUUGUCCAGAUACCCAUACUGCGACCCAGGACAGUGGCAACCAAGCACACCAAGCUGUUUGGAGUAUCUCUGUUUGAGCAGCAGGAGAAGGGCCUGGUGGAGGAUGGUGUGCCUCUGGUGUUGCGGAGGAUGGUGGAGCAUCUUCGCAAGCAUGCCUUGCAUCAGGAGGGUCUGUUCAGAGUGAAUGGGAAUGUGCGAGCUGUGGAGACCCUGAAACAGCGGCUGGAGAGCGGAGAGCAUGUGGACCUUCUCUCUGAAUCUGACUCGUGUACGGUGGCCAGCUUGCUCAAACAGUACCUCCGGGAUCUGCCGGAGGGUCUGGUAGGCUCAGCAGUUCAACAGGCACUAAUACGUCACUACCAAGAGUGCGGUGAUGAUGUCUCGUGGUCAGAUAUGAGAGACCUGCUCCAGCAGCUUCCAGACAUCCACCACAACCUCCUCUGCUACCUCUGCCACUUCCUCACCCUUGUGGAGUGCAACCACAAGGAAAACCGCAUGACUGCCUUCAACCUCGCCACUGUCUUUGGACCCAGUGUCUUCCAUGUGGCUCCUGGUUUCGAGGCAAUAAAAGAGCAAAAUAUCUGUAACAAGAUCAUGGUCAAGCUCAUCCAGAACUACAACAACAUAUUUGAGAGCGGCAGAGAGAGGGAAGGCUGCACAGAAGAGCUGUCGACCCUUAUUAUUGUCAAGGAGGCGCACGUGACAGACACAGAGAAGUCACCCAGCCAUCCCAGUGCACAGACACCAACGCCGGUUCCCAGGACAAAGGUUGGACAUAAAAACCCGCCGCAAAAUGCAGAACCUCUCAAGCAAUCUUCCACUAACACUCCAAAGGCGAGGCCAAGGAAAAGAAAGGUGAGGAAAGGGAAGAGUGACAGCAUGGCCCAAGUCAUCCCUCAGCCCCGCCGCUCUGCUGGGUUGCCUCAUGCGAGACCCCUGUCCAUACCAAUAGUUCUGCCCCUAACCUCUGAGCUGAGGAGCCCCAGUCCGGAGGCGAUGGAUACAGCUCCCAUUGCACUGGCUCGGAAGGACACCCCGGACACUGCCUCGCAACUCAGCCAUCUCGACGUCAGCUCCUCUGGCAGCAUGGAGGCCCUCAGCAGCUCCCAAGAAGAAGAGAGGCCAAUAUCUCCUUUCUACAUGAGUAACCACCUCUCCCCUGUCCACUGCAGACCAGAUGUGGUAAAUUUUCUGGACAGGACGAUACGUUCAACAGUGGAGCAGCACCUCUUUGAUGUAAAUCCUUUAGGGGGUCAAAGUGCAGAGGACUGUCAAUUGACACCAUGUCCACUGUCUCCAAGUGUGACGCCAACUGCCCGACAGAGACGUCGACACCUGAGAGAGCAACAGGAAGAUGAGCUGAGACACAAAGAAAGAAACAGAGCUGCGUCUAUCAGAGCAGACACCAACAAGGAGAACAUCCCGUCGAGCAGUGGAAGCAGUUCAGGCAGCGUGGGGGAGGACACGGCCAGCAGCGUGGACUCGCAGGGAGGCCAGAGUGGUCACACUGAGCGAACCUCCAAACCCAGGAAGUCGAAACACAGCCCAACACUGGUGCAGCUCACCGACAACCAGGACGCCCACGCAUUAAAGGAAUGUGUUGGUGAGAGACCUGGAGCAAACCUCAUGGAGACAUUUCAGAAAGGGAACGACAUUUCAAGAAAAGAUGGUAUUCCUUCUCCUCCACAGACGUUCAGGAUGAAGAUCCAGGAGUCGCCCGUCACUUGUGACACGGGGAGGGUCGGCGGAGAGGUGCGAGGCUCGGAUCCGGAUUGCGAGAAGACGAGCUGCGAGGACGUUCCCCGUCUGGACCUGACAGCGCUUACCGAGGACAACAACUGGGGAGAUUCUCCGUUCUCUAACACCUUUGAUUUCAAAAGCAUUUUUUAUCCAAGUUGUUGUGAUGAACCAGUCCCAGCGUUCUCGCCACUGCAGAGGGAGAGCAUGGACCGCGAGGAAGCUCGGCUGUCCCCUCACGCCGGGGGACGCCUGAUCCGCCAGCUGCUGGAGGAAGACAGCGACCCGAUGCUGUCCCCUCGCUUCUACGCCUACGGACAGUGCCAGCAGUAUCUGGAUGACACUGAAGUGCCUCCUUCACCGCCAAACGCACACUCAUUUGUCAGCCGCAGACGCAGUUCGUCUCUUGGCUCCUGUGACGAUGAGAAAGAGGAGCUGACAUCCGCCCAGCUCACAAAGAGGAUCCACAUACUGAAGAAAAAGAUCCACAGGUUCGAGGAGAGGUUUGAAGAGGAGCGGAAAUACAGGCCCUCCCACAGUGAUAAAGUUGCAAACCCAGAGGUGCUGAGAUGGGUAAAUGAACUGGCCAAGCUUCGUAAAGAGCUAAAAGAACACAAGCUGAUGAAGUCUGAAGAGGACCUGCCGCCUCUGACCCGUCAGCGCAGCAACACGCUGCCCAAAAGUUUCGGCUCUCAGCUGGAGAAGAAACCCCAGCAGGAGAAAGUGCCGAAGCCUCCGGUGGAAAGCACCCUGGAGACGAUAUCGAAGAAGCUGCAGGAGAAGAGAGAGGAGGUGAACCGCCCAGAGGAUAUCAAGGAUAUGACACGGGAGCAGAUCGGAGCAGAGAAAGUCGCCCUGCAGAAAGCUCUCCUCUACUACGAGAGCAUACACGGCCGACCAGUCACCAAAAGCGAGAGCUGCCCGUUCGUCCUGCCGCUCGUUGACACGCGAGCGAACGCAAAGAUCGCCACAUUGUCCGAACGUCUGCAGACACUUAAUCCCCUGCUCAUGCUGGCUUCAGUGCCUGUUGUGGGAACCAGUGGCAGCCGUGCCACAGACGUGUUAUCCACCUUUCAAGGCUCUAAGUCCAGCUUUAGCAGCUCAGGCUCUCCCUCCAGCAAGCGCAGAGGUCCCCUCCUUCAGCCCAUUAUCGAGGGCGAAACCGCACUCUUCUUCGAUGAUAUCAAGGAGGAAGAGGACGGCUCGGAGGACGACGGAGACUCAGUGAAGACGCAGUUCACUGUGACCGUCCGGCCCGACGUCAGCGUGCUCAGCUUCCUGGACCACAUGGACGAGGAAGCGGACGGUUUCAUUUCGCCCGUGGACGAACUCUCACCCUCUAAGAACACGACAGACAUGAGGCUGUCCAACCUGCAUUCCGCCACCACGCAGGAACUUGUGGAGCAGCUCCAAGAGGCCCGUGAAGAGAAGAAGACACUCCGCAAGAACCUGAAAGAGUUCGAGGACCAGUUUUUUAGACAAAAUGGAAGAAAUGUGCAGAAAGAGGACCGCUCCCCGUUGGCAGUGGAGUACAACGAAUACAAGCACGUUAAAGCCAAACUGCGGCUGCUGGAAGUCCUCAUCAGCAAAAGAGAGUCGACAAAGUUCAUCUGAGAACAAAUAAAAGACUCUAAAAAAAAAAAGGACCGAUGCUUAGUCUCUAGAGAUACAGUCAAACACAUCUCACCCUGCUGGUGAAAAGAUCUGAUUUUCCUUCUCGCUGCCGUCUGUGCCGCUCACGGCUUCUGACUCGUAGGGAAAAACGGGUGGUUAAUCCGCUCCUUCGACCACAGCGGGGGGGGUUUUUCCCCUCUGGAAGCCUGCAGAGAUCUGCCGACCUGCGACUGAUUCAAAGCGACACAAAGUCAACUGCUUCACCUGAGAAGUGCAUCUCCAACCAAACCUCACAUUCACAAGAGGACAGUUAUUUUUCCCAAUGACUAAGCAAGACGCACACAAAUAACCUGAAUCACACUUUUAUUGCUAAUAAUUUAUUUCUAUCUUUUUGAAUGUUUUUAUUGGAACGGAGAAGUUAUUUUUUUUCUCACGCUUUACUGUAGAAGUCUUAAAAAAAAAACAAUGUAAGUAAAAAAUAAUAGAUAUGAAAUUAUUGCUAUUUUUAAAAGAAGGAUUUUGCGAUCAAAAUGUUUGUGUAUUUUUUUAAGGGAGACGUUACUGUUUGUGUAACUUUAAUUAGCUUAACAGUAUUCACUAAAUGAAUAGCUUUCUCUAUUUCAGUUCUAACUAUCAUAUAAUGUCUGAAAUAAUCUUAUGUUGCUUCUCUAGAAGUUAAAUCGAGUAUUUGCUCACUAAAAGAAGUGGUUUUGAAUUGUAAUACAACCCAAAGACAGUGACUCAGAGUACAAACUGCGAACCAAAAUAGCUCAUAUUCAACAAAACAGCUUAUUUUUGUGAUCACUGGUACUUUCUUAAGCAUCUCACUGUAUAUUUUAUGCAUUGACGUGCUUUUCCCCCUCCUCCCAUUUACUUAAUGUCAAAUAAGCUAUUCCUCGUCUUGGAAUCACUGGUAUCUUUUUGCUCACGAUGAUGAACAUCGACAAGGACGUUUUGUGAGACGACUCUGGAGGACAGAAAUGACGCUAAAAGCUUGUUUUCCCAGCAGUCUUUGUUUCCCUCUCAUUCUCUCCAGAGCUCGUUUUUUGUUCUUUUGUACAUAUUGGAUCACUGUGUAUGUUUACAUUUCUGUGAGCGAGUACAUUUUUCCUUUCUUUCUCCAAAAUGGAUGAUUAUCAGUGUGAAUUUCGUUUUACUGAAUGUAAACACUGGCGAGGCUUAAUGAAUUUUGAGUGUGUACAUUUUAGUACAUAAAUUGUAUUUGUAUUUUGUAUAUAAUAUGAAUGAAAUCAUAUUUUUACUGAAA